CUGCUUUCAUUAAGUGUAAAGUACCAGGUCGCCCACGCUUGCGUGACUCCGCCCCAAGCCCGCCCCAGCACUACUAUAAAUGCCGGAGUCGCUUUUCAUCUGGAACUUGUUGCACUUCGCGCUCACCAAAGUUUCAACUUCGACGCUUCCCGCACUCUGUUACCAGCCACAAUGAUGAUCAAGAAGGUUGCCCUUAUCGUCGCAAUGGUGGUGGCUCUUGUUUGCCUGGCCGAAGCUCGUGAAGAGGGGCCUCAUGAUAUGGCUGACGCUCUCCGCAUGUUGCAGGAGUUGGACCGUCUGUAUACCCAGGCCUCUAGACCAAGGAUUGACCGCCGCGACGUAGCGGAUGGGGACCGGGUCGAUCCAGACUUGUUAGAUCGUGCGGUGCGGCUCCUUCAGCUUCAGAAACUAGACCGCAUUUACUCCUACCACACUCGACCAAGAUUCGGCAAACGUUCUGACGCCUUCGCCAAUUGGGCUAAGGAUCUUGAGAAGCCGGACAUACCGGCUUGGUUAGCGUACGCACGGAGGAGAUGA